ACGGGAGCGCAGUGCGGCGCAGGGCGGCCCGCUCGCUGCCGCCGCCGCAGCGGACAAGAGCAGCGGCUACCCCACCGCCACCGGGACGGCAUCGCCGGCCUCAGCACCGCAAAGCGGCACGCCGAGCCCCCCGCCCGCGCUCCCGCAGCCGCCGCCCUGCACCUCGGGAGCUGUAGUUCUUUGGCCGCGCCGGUCGCAGAGGGGGCGGCGAGGGGAAGGACUGCAUUUCCCGUGGUGCCCCGCGGCGGGGAAGCCGGCAUGCGCGGCGCGGCGGGGCGGGGCGGCGGGCAGGUUGCUGUUGUUACAUAGGAAACAGCUGAAGAGUCUCCACAUGACAGGGGGGGAAGGAGGAAGUGGGGCGACCCGCGGGGCGCCGCCACCGCCGCUCCGGUAGCCGCGGGGCUAAGGCAGCGGCAGCCGGCGGGAAGAGUCCUUCCCGCGGCGUACGGGCUGGCCGCCCUUGAGGGCGGGCUUGCGCCCCGGUGCCGCCGCUGAGGGCAGGCAGGGAGCACGGGAGCGCCCCGCCGGGCCGCGGCGUUUCGCCGGGGAAGUUUGGUGCGGGGCGGGAUCCCGCCGCGCUCCUCCGGGCUUCCCGCCGGCUGCGUAGGUGGCGCCGGGCAUGAACGGCUUCGCCCCCGAGGAGGUGACCCAGCGCGGGGCGGACCCCGCCGCCGCCGUGGUGGGCAAUGCGGGCUCCGCCGUGGAGGUGCCGCCGCCGCCAGCGCCGCCGGGGCUGGCUCCGGCCUCCGCCGCGGGCUCGGCGGGUGCCGGGGGUGCGGGCGGCCCCGGGGCCGGGCAGCUGUGCUGCCUGCGGGAGGAGGGGGAGCGGUGCGGCCGCGCCGCCGGCAACGCCAGCUUCAGCAAGCGGAUCCAGAAGAGCAUCUCUCAGAAGAAGGUGAAGAUCGAGCUGGACAAGAGCGUUGAUUUAUAUCAGUUACAAGUAAACACACUUCGAAGGUACAAAAGACACUUCAAGCUACAGACCAGACCGGGACUUAACAAAGCACAGCUUGUUGAAAUAAUUGGCUGCCAUUUUAGGACAAUUCCAGUGAAUGAAAAGGACACCUUAACAUAUUUCAUCUACUCGGUGAAGAAUGACAAGAACAAACCAGAUCUAAAGAUGGAUAGUGGGGUUCAUUAGACGGAAAAGGUUGGGACUGAGACUCAGGCCGUAAAUCAAAAGACUGAGGGUUUUUGUUGAUACGCAAAAGCUUUCUUUGUAACUUUCUCCCCAGAGAGUUUCUCUGUUUUAUUUUUCAUAACCUUGCUGAUUUGUUUGAAAACCAUCUCUUACAAAACAAAUUUCCUCAGCAAAAGUAUUUUAAAUAAAUAUCACUGAUAUUGUUGUUCAAGUGGGUGUGUCUGUAACUUAUUUAGUGAGUUACUUGUACCUAAUAGUUAAGCUUUGAGUAAUUAUGUAAUAAUAUUAAAAUAUUUUUCAAUUAAAGUGUGCCAAGGAUAUAUUUAUGAAUGUACUUCAAGUUCUCAUGAUGCAAUGCCUUAAAAAAAAAAAAAAAAGCUGUGGCAAACUUGGCAAUAGGUUCUUUUUCCUGAGGUAAAAGGCUUUAAAUGACAGUUCCAGUUGUUAGCUGGGUAGAAAUGGCUGAAUGACUUUUUUUUUCCCCCCUUUGGAAAUAAGAAUUGAUGGGGGCUUUUCUGAUUUGUUUGUUCAUCUUGUCAUUGCUGGGAUAUGUGCUUCCAAGCACCAAGGCCUUCCUGCUCCUAUAUUAAAAUGGAAAAGAAAAAAAAAAAGCAGGUCUCAAAUUUCAAAGCUGUAAGUAUGGAUGAAAAGACUGCUGCAGCUUACUGUGCCGAGAAAUCCUUCCACUCGGUAAGAAAUCCUUUAGCUGCUGACUUUUCCGUUCAUCUACACAGGCUGCGGCUAAGAACUGAAUUGGACAAUGGAAGACAGAGUCUGUGCUGGGUCAACAUGGAAUCUCCUAACAGGCAUACUGUUUCUUUUUCAUAGCUUCUGUUAGCUCAGGCCUGUUUAAAAACAAACAAACAAAAAAACCCCACCCCAAAACUUAUGGUUAUAUAUGAGAAAAAUAUCCUGUGAUACUUACGCUUUUAACUGAAUAUCUUCCUAAAGUCUGAUGUUGAAGAUAUUAUGAAUGACUUCUCGUAUUGUCCUUUAAUUAUUGUGCCAAUCAAAGUGUGUGUUGUAUGGAAUAUGAUUUCUUUCUGCUUUAAGCUGAAAAAAGGGCAGAGCGAGAAGAGCUCUCAUCUUAAAGCAGAGGAGGACAUGACUUCAGCUUGUUCAGUUAGCAACUCUUAACCUUAUCAGAUGUUUGAAGACUUUUUCUUAAUUUGGGAAAAAUGAGAAAGCAGUAUUUCUAUGGUCCAAUCUGCUCGAUGUUAAUCUUGUUUCUUGAAAACUACUAUUUUGCUGGUAUCACUGCAACUAAGAUGUUCCGCUUUGCUUUUUUUGACCUGUGAUACUUGCAUAGAACUGAAUGAUGAUAAACCCUAACCUCAAACUGGCUGCCUUCCCAGUA